CGAAACGAUUCCGUCUAUUCCUGCGCCGACUCAUAGACGGAAAAACCGCCGCUCUCCUCUCCUCAUCUGGAUGCUAAAUACCAUAGCGUAAAUGCGUCUCUGUAGAUCGCGAAAAAACCCUAGCCACCGUCUUCCUUCAUCGCCUGAUAAUUCUUUCAGUCCCAGCUCUCCAACUUGUUGACGUUGAGACCGAAGGUAGUGGCGAUGUCGUACGAUGACGUGGAGAUCGAAGACAUGGAGUGGAACGAGGAGCUCAAAGCCUACACGUACCCGUGCCCGUGCGGCGACCUCUUCCAGAUCACGAAGGAGGAGCUGGCCCUCGGCGAAGAGAUCGCUCGGUGCCCUAGUUGCUCUCUCUACAUCACAGUCAUCUACAAUCUCGAAGAUUUCAAGCGAGAGAACUUUCUGGACCCUUCAAAGCAACAGCCGAUUGUUGUUUCCUGAAAUGUCAGAUGGAUGGACCAGAGACGUAAUGUUGAAAAUGGCAUUUUCAGUGUAAUUUUGGAAGAAAUUUUCCAAGUAGAAUCAGCAUUAUUUGCUGUAGCAUUGUAGCAGUGGUUGCUGGGGAUGAAUGACAAGAGUUACAGAUUUAGGAUGCCAUUUUUGUCACAAUCAUAAAGGUCUAUAUAAGUUGGAGGAAAUUUUGUGUUAUGUAAUCCUCCAAUAUCAUAAACCAUAACCUCAAAGCAUUACCUAUUUGAUUUUGGGUUUUU